UCUCCUUCCUUGCAAAAGAGCUCAGGACCUCAUAGCAAGACAAUGCUUUUUUAUGAGGACCAGGGAGAUGGCACAUCAACCAGGUUCUUAAAGCUGCAAUGGAUGCGUACCCAGCUUCCUCCAGGUCCAGUUCCCCUCCCCAUCAUCGGAAAUUUGUGGCUGCUGGACUUCAAACUUCGUCGAGAAACUCUCAUUAAGUUAACCAACAUCUAUGGAAAUAUCUACACACUGUGGAUGGGACAGACACCUCUGGUUGUACUAAACGGGUACAAAGCAGUAAAAGAUGGCAUCGUCACCCACGCAGAGGAAGUUUCUGGAAGACCUCUCACCCCAUUCUACAGGGAUAUGAUGGGUGAGAAAGGGAUUUUUCUGACAAGUGGACACACCUGGAAGCAACAGAGACGCUUUGGGAUGACAAUUAUAAGAAGCCUGACACUUGGUAAGAACAAACUGGAGCAUCAGAUUCAAGUAGAGGCCUGUCAUCUUGUGGACACCUUUGCAAGCACAAAAGGCAAACCUUUCGACCCCCACACUUUCAUUGUCCAUGCAAUCGCAAAUAUAAUUUGUGCUGUUGUUUUUGGUCACCGCUUCUCCAGCGACGAUGAAUCUUUCAGCAAACUUAUCAAAGCUGUUUAUUUUGUGAUCCACUUUCAAGCUACUAUCUGGGGCAGGAUGUAUGAUGCUUUCCCACGGCUUAUGCGCCGUCUCCCAGGACCCCAUCAGAAAGUGUUUGCAUACAAUGAGUUCAUGCACAAUUUAGUUAUGAAUGAGGUUCAGACUCAUGAGAGACAGAACUCAGGUGAUCCACAGGAUCUCAUUGACUUCUACCUAGCUCAGAUAACAAAAACCAAAGGUGACCCUACUUCUACAUUUAAUAAAGACAAUAUGGUUCAGACUGCGGUUGAUCUUCUGCUGGGAGGGACAGAAACAACAAGUACCACCCUUCUCUGGGCACUGCUCUAUAUGGUACAAUACCCAGAAAUACAAGAAAAUGUUCAAAGAGAGAUAGAGGCUGUUCUGGAACCCUCCCAUCUCAUCAGCUAUGAAGAUCGUAAAAAACUGCCAUAUACAAAUGCUGUGAUCCAUGAGGCUUUGAGGUUCAGCAAUGUUACUUCUGUUGGGGUCCCUCGACAAUGUGUGAAGAAUACAACUUUGCUGGGGUUUCACAUUAAAAAGGGCACACUUGUAUUGCCAAAUCUGCACUCUGUUGUGUAUGACUCUGAGCACUGGGCAACCCCUUGGAAGUUCAACCCUAAUCAUUUUCUUGAUUUGGAUGGCAACUUUGUGAACAAAGAGGCAUUCUUACCUUUCUCAGCAGGGCACCGUGUAUGUCUGGGGGAACAGAUGGCACGAGUUGAACUGUUCAUCUUCUUUACCAACCUGCUUCGGGCAUUCACAUUCCAGCUCCCUGAGGGAGUAAAGGAAAUCAGUUUGGAGUACAUUUUGGGUGCAAUACUGCAGCCACAUCCAUAUAAACUCUGUGCUAUUCCAUGCUAAUCUGUGACAUACUACAGCACAGAGGGACUUCAACAUAAUUGCAGAUAUUUUAAAAGCAUGUACAACAAUCUCAUAUACAAUCUCAACUGUAUUCAAAUGUAGGUAGCUCAAUAUAGCAAAUUAUUACAGAGAAUUUUUAGUUAGGAGGCCUGACCUCAUAUAGUUGAACUUUUGGAAAUUAAAGCAGAUGUACUUGCCAAAGCUCAUAUAAAUGUAUCUUAGGCACAUACAAGCACACAAUGUUACUCAAAAAUAUGUAUUUUCACACUCACGGUAGCAAUGAAUUAGAUGUAGGAUUUGAGAAGUGAUCUGUAUCAAGCAGAGUUUCCUCUUAAAUGGUACAACUGCUCUGAUAUGGCAAGGAUGCCUGAAUAAAAAAAAAAAAAAAAAAAUGCUGUUACUGCUCUGUGUUCACAGAAGGGCUUUUCUUACAUCCUUUUGCAGAAGGGAACAGAGCAUGCAGAGUAUGCACACCUAGUGUUGACUCCUUUUCCUUUCACACUCCCUUGAAGCACACAUGCAUAAAUGACUGCAGAAUGGGGCCUCUUAUAAUCAUAGUCCAUUUAAAAAUCCUUAUACCUUUUUUCUUUACUCUCUCAGUAUCUGUUUACUAUUCUACCACAAGUCAGAUCCAGAUGCUUUCAUGAACUUUUCCAUCUUCUGUUUAGAAACGCUAUUAUAUCCUCCAAUAACUUCCUAUUUGAAGAGAAAGAAACAGCCUUUCAAGAAAUGAAGAUGCCAACAUUUGUUAAAGCAGGCACAAUAAAAAUUUAUUACUCACAGUAUUUUCUUUUGUUGUCUCGUCAUCCACAGCAGACGUGGAAAGUUUUGACCACUUAAAAUUCAGCUGCAAGUAUCCUAGAUGCUUUGAAUUUUCAAAGUUCAACAGGAGCAAGCAUAAAUUAUGCCAACAUGUAGUUAAAAGCAGAAGUAGAAUAUUACAUAUUUCUCAGACAUAAAACUAAUGGAAGACUUUACUCUCCUCUCAAAUAUUUCCAAUUAUU